AUGGGCCUCGACAAGGUUCUCUCGGGCAAGGGCGGCGUCGGCAAGUCGUCCGUUACCACCCAGCUCGCCCUCUCCCUCUCCCUCGCCGGGCACUCGGUCGGCAUCCUCGACGUCGACCUGACGGGUCCCUCGAUCCCACGCAUGCUCUCGGUCGAAGGCUCCAAGGUCACGCAGGUACCCGGCGGCUGGGCACCGGUCCCCGUGCACGAUGCGGACGCCACCGCGGGCGUCGGAAGUCUGCAUGCCAUGAGCCUCGGUUUCCUGCUGCAGAGCAGAGGCGACGCAGUCGUGUGGCGCGGCCCGAAGAAGACGGCGAUGAUACGCCAGUUCCUGCGUGACGUCCUGUGGGCCGAAACGGACUAUCUGCUCAUCGACACGCCGCCCGGGACGAGCGACGAGCACAUCUCACUGGCCGAGACGCUGCAGGCCGAGACGCGGCCAGGCCAGGUCGCCGGCGCAGUGGUGGUGACGACGCCGCAAGCCGUCGCCACCUCGGACGUGCGCAAGGAACUCAACUUUUGCUUCAAGACGGGCAUCCACGUCCUCGGCGUCGUUGAGAACAUGAGCGGCUUCGUCUGUCCGCACUGCGCCGAGUGCACCGAUAUCUUCGGUUCCGGCGGCGGCCGCGUCAUGGCCGACGAGUUCAAGGUGCCCUUCCUCGGCAGCGUACCCAUGGAUGCCCAAUUCAUCACUCUGCUCGAAGAGGGCCGCAGGCCACGGUAUCCCGUAGGCACCCGGGUGGGCGGCCGGGAUGUUUCCUCGCCUGUUGCGGCCGAGGGAGACGAGGGCACGCUCGUGGCCAAGUACCCGUCCUGCUCGCUGUCGCACGUCUUCAGAGACAUGGCGGACAAGCUGCGAGACAAGGUGCUGGAGCCCCGGCGGGAAGCUUGA